AUGAGAUUGCUUUCGCUUUCAACUGUCGGGCUGCUUGCCUUGGCUGGUUUGUCGAUUGGACAAGAGACAAAGGAUGUUCCGAUUCAAAACAAUGGACUUACAAACAUCGUUGAAUGGGAUGAUCACAGUUACCUAAUCAAUGGCGAGAGAAUCUUUGUCUUCUCUGGAGAGUUUCAUUACUGGCGUCUACCUGUACCCGAGCUCUGGCGAGAUUUGCUAGAAAAGAUCAAAGCCGCCGGCUUCACAGCCUUCAGCAUCUACAACAGCUGGGGCUACCACGAAGCAACCCCCGGCGUCCUCGACUUCGAAAAUGGCGCCCACGAUUUCGUGUCGAUCAUGACCCUUGCCAAAGAGCUCGGCCUCUAUCUCCUGAUCCGUCCUGGUCCCUACGUCAAUGCCGAGGCUAAUGCCGGAGGGUUUCCUCUGUGGGUCACGACCGGAGAGUAUGGCAAGCUUCGAAACGAUGAUCCUAGAUACACUAAGGCUUGGUCCAAGUAUUGGACUGAGAUUUCCAAGAUUAUUGAGCCGCAUCUCAUUACCAAUGGCGGCAAUGUUGCCAUGUUCCAGAUUGAAAACGAACUGGGCGGCCAGUGGAAGAAUGACGACAAGAGAAUUUUGAACGAGCCUACCGCCAACUACAUGCAGCUUUUAAAAGAGUCUGCCAGAGAGGCCGGCAUCGAUGUCCCCGUAUUCCACAAUGCGCCCAACACUCGCACCUUUUCUUGGUCCAACGACUUCGAGCGCAAUGCAACCGGCAACGUCGAUGUCACCGGUGUCGACAGCUACCCCUCCUGCUGGAGCUGCAACCUCGACGAAUGCACCGGCACCAACGGUGAAUACGUCCCUUACAACAUCCAAGACUACGUCACGUACUUCAACAAGCAAUCGCCCCGUCAGCCUCACUUUUUGCCCGAGUUCCAGGGCGGCUCUUACAACCCAUGGGGCGGCCCAGAGGGCGGCUGCCCCGGCGAUAUCGGCCCUGACUUCGCCAACAUUUUCUACCGUGACUUGCUCGCACAACAGGCCACCGCCAUUUCUCUGUACAUGAUGUACGGAGGGACAAACUGGGGUUGGUUUGCCUGUCCUGUUGUUGCUACUAGCUACGAUUACUCUUCGCCUAUUUCUGAGAACCGCGCUAUUUGGGAUAAGUACUACGAGACGAAGUCACUGACUCUGUUUACGCGGGUUGCACACGAUCUUACCAAAACCAUCCGAGUUACCAACAGUACUUCCCUUUCCACGAACGAUGCCAUCUUGAUCUCUGAGCUUCGACAUGAGGAGAACGAUGCUGCUUUCUACGUUGCCCGACACGAUCACUCACCUUCCGGUACCAAGGAGACCUUUAAGCUUCACGUCAAGACCUCAGAGGGCAAGCUCACCAUCCCUCAGAACGAGGGCUCGAUCACUAUUAACGGCCAUCAAUCCAAGGUGAUCCCAACCGACUUCCACUUCGGCAAGAAGACACUCCUCUACUCGACCGCCGAAGUCCUCACUUACUCGAUCAUCGACAAGAAGGAAGUCAUUGUCCUCUGGCUUCCUGAAGGCGAGCAUGGAGAGUUCACCCUCAAGGGACCCACCGAACUCAAGCACGACAAGUCUCUAAAGGGCAUUAAGGUCAAGACUGGCAAGAAGAGCGUUACUGUCAACUAUACUCAGCAGAAGGGUCUUUUCACUCUAAACAUGAAGGAUGGCUCGACCAUUGCUCUGGCUGAUCGAAAGACUGCUUAUAAGUUCUGGGCUCCUACACUGGAUAACGAUCCUUUUGCGCCUGUCAACAAGACUGUUCUGGUUCACGGCCCCUACCUCGUCCGCCACGCCACCAUCAAGAAUGGACAACUCAGCAUCCAGGGCGAUCUCGACAGCUCCACCGAACUCACCGUCUUUGCUCCCGAGUCUCUCAAGUCCAUCGCUUGGAACGGUGAGAAGGUCAAGGUUUCGUCGAAGGAAGGCCACAAGUACACCAUCAAGCUCAAGGGUCCUUCAAAGGUCACGCUGCCCAAGCUUGAGUCCUGGAAGUAUGCCGACAGCUUGCCCGAAAUUAAGACCGACUACAAGACUUCAUCCUCGGCCUGGGUUGUUGCUGAUAAGAAGAACACCACCAACGCGGUUCUCGUCCCCGAUCUGAAGAACCCCGUGCUCUACGUCGAUGAGUACAAGAUCCACUACGGAAACCACAUUUACAGAGCUACUUUCCCCGCCACUAGCUCUGCCCCUACCGGCGUUUAUCUGAAUCUCACUGGCGGUAUGGCCUUUGGUUACUCCGUCUGGCUGAACUCGGAUUACAUUGGCUCCUACCUCGGUGAAGCCACCACUGGUCAUGCGGGUCAAGAAUUCUCUUUCAAGAACGCCACCCUCUCCAAGAAGGAGAACGUUCUGGUGGUUCUCAUGGAUAACUCUGGCCACGAUCUACGUGAUGGCGCUCUUGACCCUCGAGGUAUCACCAACGCUACUCUUAUUGGUCCUGCCAAGGGCGGUUAUAAGUUCUCUGAGUGGAAGAUUGCUGGACAUGCUGGAAGUGUUGAGGGCGAGGUCAUUGAUCCCAUCCGCGGUCCUCUCAAUGAAGGUGGUCUCUACGCUGAGCGUAUCGGCGCUCACUUGCCUGGCUUCUCCGAUAAGAAGUGGAAGUCCUACUCUUCCAAGCAAGGAACUCUCGUCAACCCUUCAGCUGGAGUCCGCGCCUACAGGACCACUGUCGACCUUGACAUCCCUGAUGGUCUGGACGUCGGUAUCUCAUUCAAGCUCACAGCGCCGUCUAACGCUACCUUCUCCGCCACCAAGAAGGGCUACAGCAACCAAGUCAGAGUUCUUCUGUUUGUCAACGGCUACCAGUACGGACGAUUCAACCCUUACAUCGGCAACCAGAUCUCCUUCCCCGUUCCUCCUGGUGUUCUGAACUACAACGGGGGGAACAUCAUCGCUGUUACGGUCUGGAGUCAGAGUGCUGAGGGUGGUGAGGUCAAGGUCGAGUGGGAAGUUGAUUAUGCCCAUGCAUCCAGCUUCGAUGUUAAGUUCGACAGCAAGUAUCUCCGCCCAGAGUGGACCAAAGAGAGACUGCAGUACGCUUAG